AAUAUUUAGUUCAAGCCAUUUCUCACCUAAAUUCCCUUAAAUGUUAUCUCAUUUUCCUCACUGGAUUUACAGAGAUCACAGCAGUGUAGGAUAAUUCUCUGCAAAAUUAGACUGAACUAAUAUUACCGCCUUUAGUUUGGUACUAUUGUGGGCUACGUUCCUUUGUAUCUUCUUUACAGUCCAUUGCUCUCACCGCACCAAUUGUGUUGCUGCUGCUUUUGAACUGUUAUGCUAGGUUUAUGCUUAGGGUAUUGAUGGGUUGUGACGUGUGCACACAUAAUUCCUUGUCAUGAUUUGAAUUCUCUCACACCAUUAUUGUUUGGUAAAGAUUCCUAUGCACAUUGUUCUUACUGCACCGAUUAUGUUAUUCUUGCUUGUGAAAUGAGCUGCUAGGUUUAUGCUUUAUGCAUUACUGUGAUGUUUGCACACUUAAUGCGUGUCAUGAUGCGCAAUCAUCAUUCAAUUUCUACCACAUUUUGUCACAUUCUGUUCAAGAAAAUGCAGAAGUUUUCUGCCUCAGUGCACAGCCUCAUCAAGCUUGAGGUUUUUGUUUACACUUCAUCCGAAUUGUGGGUAUCUGCUGCUAUUUCUGAAUUGUAACUGCUGAACUCAUUGCAGGUUUUCCAGUUGCCCGAAUUUUGCAGACUAUCCCUGUUACCUUGGUGGGGCAUGCUAAAAGUUUUGCACUUUCAUCACUAACAAAAGCAGAAGUUCCAUCCUUCAUUCAGGUGCUCCAUCCUUUGGAAGGUCCUGCUAGAAACUAUGGGAUCUCACCAGUGACAAAUGCAGGUGGUCUACCUUCACAGUCCAUGUCUGCUAUCUUGGCACCUCCUUAUGACCAGUUCUUGAUUACAACAGAGAAAGAUGCAGGUGCUCUGUCCUCAAAGGCCAUGUCUGCUAUCUUGGCAUCUCCUUCUAAAUAUAUCAAGGCAAAUGCAGAUGUUCUACCCUCAGAGACUAUGUCUGCUAUCUGGGCAUCUCCUUAUGAAAACUCUCUGGUCUCAACAGUGACAAAUGCAGGUACACAUAAGCAUUUGAGUCAAGAACAUUGCUAUACUGAGAAUGUUUGCCAGGAUUUCAGCCCAAGGAAGAAUCCAAGGAUGGAACUGACAACUGUUGGGCAAGGCUUUAAUCCGAAAAGGCAACGGACAACUCUGGCUUCGCUGAUUGAAGGUGAAGCUGAAGGUCACCUCACACCAUGUUCUUGAGUGGUGGGAUCGACUUUACUCAUGGAGCUUCUAUAUUUGUGAAAAGACGCCCCGAUACUGUUAGUGGGCUUGUUGUGCUGCUGCCCCCAGCGUGAACUUUGUUGUUUUUAUUUUUUGUGAACCUAUGUUGUGCGUUCCGAUCGUACUUUGAACUAUGUAUUAUUGCUACUUGAGCCAAGUUAUGUCUUUUUUUUUGGUAAAUUUGAGGCGGCAACGUGUUUUUUCUAGGAAUUUGGCUUAAAAUUUGACAUCAUUUUUGACUUGAUUUUCUUGUUUGCUAGCAAACUAGUGAUUUCUGGCACUGGGAAUUGGAGUAUGUUUGUGUAUAUUGUGGUUCACGACAUAUUUGUUGGUGGUGUUAUUGUGGAUGCAAUAGGCGAAACAAAGAACAGAUGGGAGGAACUUGAGGAUGCAAUGGAAGAGUGGGAGGAACGCUUCCACCAGCAGGCCUAGGAGUGGAAAUGAGGCAUUCAUUGGCAUGAGCAAACACCAAGCUUCUGCAUUGAUAGGGUUAGUGAGAGAGCUUGUGUUGAUGAUGAAGUUCUUAGUUGCAAGUGUCCUGAUGUUGUGUGCUGUUGGUGUUGUUUUCAUUCUGAAAAGGUAAUGUACUGCAUGUGUGUGUUGCUUAGCUGCCAGUCAGUACAGUUUAGGUGUAUUUUGAUUUUUUUGAACUUAAUGGAUGGACCUGAUAUAAGACAAAGUU